GCUCGCCGACCUCGCCCAGGACUACAUUUCCCAUGAUUAUGGCCCUGACGCCCAUUGGUGUAAAGGAAGCCCUGGGAACCGGCGAUAGGGACAGCGUGAGGAGGCCUAGGCUAAGAAGGGUGCGGAGAGGGACCGCUGGCCCCGCCUUAAGUCUCUGCCCGAGUGAAGACAUCACUUCCCCCCUAGAGCGUUUGCUGCUGCCGCUGCUGGUGCUUCAGGCGCCACCUGAAGUUUUUUUGCAGACUCUGGAUUCCCCUGCUACGAGGAGUCCAGAGAGGAAAAGAGGAGCCGAGGCGCCCGUGUCCCACAUCUCCCCACGCGGCUUUCAGCCAGAUUUCGCCCCCGCAGGGAUGGGUGACACGAUCUGGCUGCCCUUCCCCUUGCUCUUCCUGGUCGCUUUGCGGCUGCCCGGGACGGUCGGCUUCACGCCUUCCUUAGACAGCGACUUUACCUUUACCCUUCCGGCCGGCCAGAAGGAGUGUUUCUACCAGCCCAUGCCGCUGAAGGCCUCGCUGGAGAUCGAGUACCAAGUCUUAGAUGGAGCAGGAUUAGAUAUUGACUUCCAUCUUGCUUCUCCAGAAGGCAAAACCUUAGUUUUUGAACAAAGAAAAUCAGAUGGAGUUCACACUGUAGAAACUGAAGUUGGUGAUUAUAUGUUCUGCUUUGACAAUACAUUCAGUACCAUUUCUGAGAAAGUAAUUUUCUUUGAAUUAAUCCUGGAUAAUAUAGGAGAAGAGGCACAAGAUCAAGAAGACUGGAAGAAAUAUAUUACUGGUACAGAUGUAUUGGAGAUGAAACUUGAAGACAUCCUGGAAUCCAUCAACAGCAUCAAGUCCAGAGUAAGCAAAAGUGGUCAUAUACAAACUCUACUUAGAGCAUUUGAAGCCCGUGAUCGAAACAUA